AUGGGGUCUGCGUCCUCGGCGUACCGAGUGAUUUACCUCGACGUCGAUGGCAGAGUCCAGAAGGUUGUGUUUAGUCGGUUCUGCAGCCCAUGUGACAUCAAGGAGUUGUUCUGCUUGGCUCUGGGACUUCCCAGGAACACCACCAUCACCCUGUUGGACGGGACGGGGGCCAUGGUGUCAAUCGACCCCACCAUGCCACACAACUCUGAGCGGUCACCAUACCGUGUCGUACCCGUCACCGGUGGACAGCUGGCUGAUAAAGAGGAGCUCUUUCAGAAUGUCCUGUCUCAGGUGGCAGAGCAGUUCUCCAGGGCUUUCAAAAUAAAUGAACUGAAGACUGAGGUGACAAACCGAUUGGCCAUGCUGGAGAAGAGAGUAGAAUUGGAGGGGCUGAAGGUGGUGGAGAUUGAGAAGUGCCGCAGUGACAUUAAGAAGCUCCGUGAAGAGAUGGCCUCUAGGAACAACAGUAGUUUCCUAGAUGAGAGCAGGAAGUUGACACCCCGUCGAGAUGUGCCUUCUUACCCCAAGUACAUGCUCUCGCAGCAGACCAUAGACGCACUCAGAAAGCCGGCCUUCGAUGUCUGGCUCUGGGAGUCCAAUGAGAUGCUGAGCUGCCUGGAGCACAUGUAUCAUGACCUGGGCCUGGUCAAGGACUUCAACAUCAACCCCAUCACCUUAAAAAGGUGGCUGCUCUGCAUCCAUGACAACUACAGGAACAAUCCCUUCCAUAACUUCCGUCACUGCUUCUGCGUCACACAGAUGAUGUACAGCAUGAUAUACCUCUGCAAUCUACAGGAGAAGUUCACACAGGUGGACAUUCUGAUCCUGAUGACCGCUGCGGUGUGCCACGAUCUCGAUCACCCUGGUUACAACAACACGUACCAGAUCAAUGCUAGGACAGAGCUGGCAGUGCGCUACAAUGACAUCUCUCCUCUGGAGAACCAUCACUGUGCCGUGGCCUUCCAGAUCUUCUCCCAGCCUGACUGCAACAUCUUCUCCAACUUUGACCCAGAGGCCUUCAAACAAAUACGUCAGGGAACAAUAACACUUAUACUGGCCACAGACAUGGCCCGACAUGGUGAGAUCCUGGACUCCUUCAAGCAGAAGGUGGACAGCUUUGACUUUACCAAUGAGGAGCAUGUCACCUGUCUGAAGAUGGUGCUGAUCAAGUGCUGUGACAUCUCCAAUGAGGUGCGGCCCAUGGAGGUGGCUGAGCCCUGGGUGGACUGUCUGCUGGAGGAAUACUUUAUGCAGAGUGACAGGGAGAAGUCAGAAGGCCUCCCCAUCGCCCCCUUCAUGGACCGGGAAAAGGUCACCAAGCCCACAGCCCAGAUCGGGUUCAUCAAAUUUGUCCUCAUUCCCAUGUUCGAGACUGUCAUGAAGUUAUUCCCCCAGAUUGAGGAGGUGAUGGUGCAGCCCUUGAGGGAGUCCCGGGACAGGUAUGAGGAGCUCAAGCAGAUCGACGACGCAAUGAACGAGGUGCAGAAGAAGAAAAGUGAGAAUUUGACCAUGGGUGGGAAGAAGAAAUAAAGGCUAAAUUCCUCCGCACAGAAGGUAGCAGCUCAGGGCAAUGGAGGUGCCGGACACACUGUCAAUCCAGGGGCG